AUGUCGUCUGCGGUGGGAAGAUUGCAGGAGGGCAUUAAGAUUUGCAUCUACCUUGUCAAGAAGAAGGAUAUGUCGGAUGGCGAGUUUGUUAGGUACUACAGCGAGACACAUGCGCGCUUAGCGCUUCCUGCGCUCGUUCGACAUGCAUGCAUUUCUUACACUCAGUUCCACUGUUGUCAGAGUGCAACGAAGGAGGCAGUGACAACUAUCUUUGGUCGAGAGGCUGUAGAGCCAGGAAACGCGUUGCAUGUCAUGCCCUACGAUGCUUGCUCUUCCUUCGUCUUUCCUUCGAUCCAACAGGCACAGGCGUUUUUUCACGACGAAGAAACGGCAAAGAUCCUCGGUCCUGAUGCAGGAAGCUUUACCGAUCCCAGUGGUUUGCAGAUCGCCGUCGGACGCGAAUUCAUUGCAAUCGCCGAGAGCAACGUCGUCAAAGCUUGA